CUCCGGCUCCGGUAACACUCCGGCACCGCUUCUGCCCCGGCACCGCUCCGCCUCCGGGUACCGCUUCAGACCCUCUCCGGUACCGUCUCUGCUUUGGUUCCAACCCCGUCGGCAGCCCCGGAGCGGCCCCGCUGCCCCCGGCCCGGCCCCGGAGCGGCCCCGCAGCACCGCCCCUGCGCUUGCCGGGCCCCGGCGUGGCGGCGGCAGGAAAGAGGAAGGCGGCAGAGCGAACGGGCUCUGCCAUCCCUCACAGCUUGGGGUUACAAUGAACAAGAUGAAAAACUUCAAGAGGAGGUUUUCACUCUCAGUUCCUCGGACAGAGACCAUCGAGGAGUCCCUGACAGAGUUCACAGAGCAGUUCAACCAGCUCAACAACCGGAGGAAUGAAGACCUGGCUCAAGGCCACCUGCAGCUGGGCCACCUGAGCAGGGACCUGCAGGCAGACAGCAGCCCCAUGUCCCCCUCGGAGGUGGAGGGCCAGUCCCCGACGGCCGUACGCUACCGCAACAGCAGCCAGCGCCGCUUCUCCAUGGAGGAUGUCAGCAAACGUCUCUCCCUGCCCAUGGACAUUCGCCUGCCCCCCGAGUUCCUGCAGAAGCUGCAGAUGGAGAGCCCAGAGUGCCCCAAGCCCCUCAGCAGGAUGUCCAGAAGAGCUUCCCUUUCAGAUAUUGGGUUUGGGAAGCUGGAAACCUAUGUCAAACUGGACAAACUGGGAGAGGGCACUUAUGCCACAGUCUUCAAGGGGCGCAGCAAGCUGACUGAGAACCUGGUGGCCCUGAAGGAGAUCCGCCUGGAGCACGAGGAGGGGGCACCUUGCACAGCCAUCCGGGAAGUGUCCCUGCUGAAGAACCUGAAACAUGCCAACAUCGUGACCCUGCACGACAUCAUCCACACGGAGCGUUCCCUCACCCUGGUCUUUGAGUACCUGGAGAACGACCUCAAACAGUACCUUGACAACUGUGGGAACCUGAUGAGUGUGCACAACGUGAAGAUCUUCAUGUUCCAGCUGCUGCGUGGUCUGGCUUACUGCCACGGCAGGAAGAUCCUGCACCGAGACCUCAAGCCCCAGAACCUGCUGAUCAACGAGAGAGGAGAGCUCAAGCUGGCUGACUUUGGACUAGCCAGAGCCAAGUCAGUCCCUACAAAGACAUACUCCAACGAGGUGGUCACGCUCUGGUACCGACCCCCUGAUGUCCUCCUGGGAUCUACUGAGUACUCCACACCCAUCGACAUGUGGGGUGUUGGCUGCAUCCACUACGAGAUGGUCACUGGCCGGCCCAUGUUCCCUGGCUCCACCGUGAAGGAAGAGCUGCAUCUGAUCUUCAGGCUGCUGGGAACCCCAACAGAGGACACCUGGCCUGGAAUCACAUCCAACGAGGAGUUUAAGGCUUACAAUUUCACACAGUACCGAGCCCAGCCCUUGAUAAAUCACGCCCCAAGGCUGGACUCAGAAGGCAUCGACUUGCUGAUGAACCUUCUUCUGUACGAAGCCAAGGGGCGGAUCUCGGCGGAGGCAGCCCUGCGACAUGCCUACUUCAGGAGCCUGGGGGAGAGGAUCCAGCUGCUGCCCGACAAUGUCUCCAUCUUCUCCCUGAAGGAGAUCCAGCUUCAGAAGGAUCCUGGCUACCGAGGCUCAGGCUUCCAGCAGUCAGCCCGAGGGAAGAACAGGAGGCAGAGCAUAUUUUAGGCUUGGAUCUCGUGUUCCCCUUGUCACCAUGGAGAUUAAAGCACUGAGACAGGAGACAGCAACUCGCUCCCACCUGACCCACCGCAGAAUCACUGACUCCAGCAGGACGACGCUGAAGGGCUGCAGGCUGUGCCCUGCCUGGCCCCGCAGCCACAGCCCCCAGCAGCUGCUGGCGAUGGACCUGUGGCCUUUCACCCCCCCACACCUUCUUGUUCUCUGCUGCCCUCAGCAGAUGUGAGCUGCCACGCUCGGGACAGCUGCUCUGGUGAGGAGCUGCCUUGGGCACUGCCCACGGCACAGGACCAGUUGCUGCCCCAGCUGGGCAUGGGGAGGUUUGUGAGCAGAGGAUGGUGCCUCCAGAGCUGGGCAUGGGGAGGUUUGUGAGCAGAGGAUGGCACCUCCAGAGCUGGGCAUGAGGAGGUUUGUGAGCAGAGGAUGGCACCUCCAGAGCUGGGCAUGGGGAGGUUUGUGAGCAGAGGAUGGCACCUCCAGAGCUGGGCAUGAGGAGGUUUGUGAGCAGAGGAUGGCACCUCCAGAGCUGGGCAUGGGGAGGUUUGUGAGCAGAGGAUGGCACCUCCAGAGCUGGGCAUGGGGAGGUUUGUGAGCAGAGGAUGGCACCUCCUGAGCUGGGCAUGGGGAGGUUUGUGAGCAGAGGAUGGCACCUCCUGAGCUGGGCAUGAGGAGGUUUAUGAGCAGAGGAUGGCACCUCCAGAGCUGGGCAUGAGGAGGUUUAUGAGCAGAGGAUGGCACCUCCAGAGCUGGGCAUGAGGAGGUUUAUGAGCAGAGGAUGGUGCCUCCAGAGCUGGGCAUGGGGAGGUUUAUGAGCAGAGGAUGGUGCCUCCAGAGCUGGGCAUGAGGAGGUUUAUGAGCAGAGGAUGGUGCCUCCAGAGCUGGGCAUGAGGAGGUUUAUGAGCAGAGGAUGGCACCUCCAGAGCUGGGCAUGAGGAGGUUUAUGAGCAGAGAGUGGUUCCUCCAGAGCUGGGCAUGAGGAGGUUUGUGAGCAGAGGAUGGUGCCUCCAGAGCUGGGCAUGGGGAGGUUUGUGAGCAGAGAGUGGUUCCUCCAGAGCUGGGCAUGAGGAGGUUUGUGAGCAGAGGGUGGCACCUCCUGAGCUGGGCUGUGGAGGGCAUCGUUUGUCCCAGGCAGGCAUUACUGGAGGUGUAGCUAUGCUCAGAUAAGCUGCUCUGCACCCUCUGCUUCCUAGGGGGGACCCUUUGCAGCCACAUUACGAGUCAGGGGCAUCACCCAGCCUGGCACUGGAGAGACUGCACAGAGCCAGGGCAGCCUCCCCUCCAUGACACCUUUUCUUCACCUUUUUCUCUCCCCAUCCUUGGUACCUGGAUCCUGACAAGAAUGAAGCAGCUGGCAGGAGGGGGCUUCCCAUUGCUUCAUCUUCCCCUCCUUGUGUCCCCAGAUCCAGCCAGCUGGCUACUCCUCAGGGCAAGCUCAGGCUCAGCCAGCCCAGGGUGCAGGUGCCUGCUGGUGAGGCUGUGCAGGAGUGAGGCCAGAUGAGCACCAGCUCCAUGCUGCCUCCCACUGCUGUGCCAAGCCCUUCAGCCAGCCUGUCCCAGGCACUGAUGGAGCAGUCCAUUUCUCACUGCUGAGCCUGGCACACCCCACCCCAGCCCAUCACCCUCUCUGCCAUUGCCUCAGGGGGCAGGAUGCAGUUCCCAGCUGGCAUCUCCCUCACCUCAUCCUGAGCCGUGCAGCCUCUCGGUACCAGAGCUCUGCCCACCCCCACCUCAGAGCAUUUCUACCCAGAGGAAGGGGGAGAGGUGCCAAACCUCCCACAGCUCAGCUGUGGGCACCAGAAAUAGACCUGGAGAGAAGCAAAUCAUCCCUCAAACCUCCUCGCUUGGCCUCUUUCUUUGUAGCCAACACCAGAUCAGACCAGCCCUGACCGGGAGCAUUGCUGUGGGGCUGGGGGGAGGCUGUGUGUAGAUCUGAGCAUGGUUUGCUGACCAAGGACUGCUCCUGCUGCAUUUUCCCCCUCCUUGUACACUUCAGGAGUGUGCCAAAUCCAUCCUGAGCAAAGAGGCCCUGCUGCAGCUCUCCCCCACAGCCUGCAAAGCCAUCUUCAACUGUGUGUGCUGCAAGAAGUCUCUCUGCUGUAUGAUAUUCACAUCCUUGUCUUGACCUGUCCUCCACCCACCAGUCCCUCCAGCCUGUGGAUGUGGCCAAAAGACUCAGGACUUGGCAGGCACUGGGCUUAGCACCUGGCACUGGGGUUGGCAGGACACACUGAAUGGUCUUAACCCACCCAGCUCCCAGCCUGGAGGCAUCACUCAGGGGCUGGUGGCUGCUGGAGGCAUCACUCAGGGGCUGGUGGCUGCUGGAGGCAUCACUCAGGGGCUGCUGAGUGCUGGAGGCAUCGCUCAGGGGCUGCUGAGUGCUGGAGGCAUCACUCAGGGGCUGGUGAGUGCUGGAGGCAUCACUCAGGGGCUGCUGAGUGCUGGAGGCAUCGCUCAGGGGCUGCUGAGUGCUGGAGGCAUCGCUCAGGGGCUGCUGAGUGCUGGAGGCAUCGCUCAGGGGCUGCUGAGUGCUGGAGGCAUCGCUCAGGGGCUGCUGAGUGCUGGAGGCAUCACUCAGGGGCUGGUGAGUGCUGGAGGCAUCGCUCAGGGGCUGCUGAGUGCUGGAGGCAUCACUCAGGGGCUGGUGAGUGCUGGAGGCAUCACUCAGGGGCUGGUGAGUGCUGGAGGCAUCGCUCAGGGGCUGCUGAGUGCUGGAGGCAUCGCUCAGGGGUUGGUGAGUGCUGGAGGCAUCGCUCAGGGGCUGCUGAGUGCUGGAGGCAUCGCUCAGGGGUUGGUGAGUGCUGGAGGCAUCACUCAGGGGCUGCUGAGUGCUGGAGGCAUCGCUCAGGGGUUGGUGAGUGCUGGAGGCAUCGCUCAGGGGCUGGUGAGUGCUGGAGGCAUCACUCAGGGGUUGGUGAGUGCUGGAAGCAUCACUCAGGGGCUGCUGAGUGCUGGAGGCAUCGCUCAGGGGUUGGUGAGUGCUGGAGGCAUCGCUCAUGGGCUGCUGAGUGCUGGAGGCUGCUGCUUGCCCAUCGAGCAGGCAGCAGAGGCUCUUCUCUCCUGCUCUGCAGGGCAGCACUGCUUCUGCCUGCUGUGGGAAAGGCAAAGCCUGAGGCUACAUGUGAGCACCCCAAAGCUUGUGGGGUGACUCCUCCCUGUGCCAGCGCUGCUGGAUGCACCCUCCUGAGCUUCCUCCCGCAGCCCGAAGCUGCUCCUUUGGGUUUGUCCCAGACAAGCAUCCAGACAUCUGCAUUGUUUGAGGUUUGCCCAGCCCUGCUCGGUUCCCUUCUCAGGCUGUCCAGCAUGCAGCAGGCUGAAUUCUUCAUUAAUUGGUUCCAUUUGAUAGGGGAGAGCCUGAGCAGCCCCCAGGCACCAGUGACGCACAUCUGCCUCGUUUAGGGACCUUGUUCCCUCUCUGCUCUCCUCCGCCCAGCUCCUGCUGCCUGGGGGAUGUUCAGCAAGGAGGGGAGGGGGUCCCAAGGGGAGGUGCAGAGUCUGAGCUCUCACAGGCUCUUCUUUCACAGAGGCAUGGCCUUGGCAUGGCAGGGCUCUGUGGUGCAGGUUGGCACUCCCCGGGGCAGCCAGCUGCCAUCAGGAGUGAGGAGCUCAGCAGGCAGGGCAGCUCAUGGAUACUGGCAUGGGAGCUGUGCUCUGUGAGCAGAGAUCAGGCCAAGGGGAGCAGGAACCCCUCCAGCUGCUCCUGAGAGGCCAGUGCAGGACAAGCUUGAACUGUCUCUGUGCAGUUUUCUGCCUUGGCAUUGCCAACCCCAUGGGCUGAGAUUGCUUCUUGGGGUAGUCCAGGAGGGGAUGGAUUGAAGCUUGAGGAGGGAGGGCAGGAUGAGACUGGAGAUUAGGAAGAAAUUCUUGACAGUGAGGGCAGGGAGAUACUGGCACAGGUUACCCAGGGAGGUUGUGGAUGCCCCCUCCCUGGAGAUGCCCCAGGCCAGGCUAGAUGAGGCCUGGAGCACCCUGGGCUGGUAGGAGAUGUCCCUGCCCAUGGCAGGGGGGUUGGAACUGGCUGAGCUUUAACUUCUUUUCCAACCCAAACCAUUCUGUGAAUCUCUGAAGCUCAGCUAAGCUGUCCCACUCUGGGGACAGAGGUGGAUCACAGCAGACCACCAGAUUGGUGUCCUCUCUGUUUUCUCUCACCCCUCCCCACCAUGAGAGAGGUCUUGCAGCUGAAGGUGAAGGUCACCGGUGGCAGCUGCUGGGGAAAAGACUUGGAAGUGACCCUGCAGACAGGACUGCAUUGCCCAGGGCCAGAUAGCAGAGACAAAGGGACCUGUUAGCUGCUGUUUGCUCUUUUGCAGCCUUUGCCUUUCCCCCUCCAAGCCCUCCCUUAGCAGACACUUUCAUUUCUUAGCCCCCCCUCUCCCCCUCUGCACCACCAACAGCCUCGUUUCUGAUAACUCCUUUUUGUGCCACUGGGUGUUGGAUUCCCAGUCAGGAGGGUGAUAGUGUGGGUAAAUAUUUGGUGCCCCACCGAGCUAAGGCUUGAUUUCUAAGCCCCUUCCACCCCCUCCACCCCCUCCUCACUGCUGCUCUUGCAGGUGUUGGCUGGCAGAGCCCCAAGCCUCUGACCUCCCCCAGCACACUGCCCCCCAGCACCUGUCCUGGCUGCAUAGAAAAGGAGCUGCAGGUUGGCUGCAGUUAGGGCUGGCAACCAAAAUCUCCAUCUCCUGAGUAGUGUUAGAGUCUCCCUGAGGACCACAGGGUCUGCUUGGGUUGGUGAGGAUCACAAUCCCUUGGAUUCCUCAGCUUAUAGAAGCCCCAAGCAGGGUGGUGACCUGCUCUUGCCUGCAGGAUCCCAGAAUUCCAGCAUGGUGAGUGUGGAAAGGGAGGUUUGGAGGUUGUAGAGUCAUUAAGGUAUGCAAGAGACCUCUGAGAGCAUCAAGUGCACCUAUCAACCCAACACCACCAUGGGCACUAAACCAUAUCCCAAAGAAUCCAGUCCAACCUCCUGACUAAAGCAGGGCACCCACAGCAGCUUGCUCAGGAUCACCAUAGCCAGGAGGGGUUGGAAGCUCUGCAGAGAAGGAGACUCCACAGCCUCUCUGAGCAGCCUGCUGCAGGCCUCCAGCAGCCUCACACCAGAGAAAGUUCUCCUGCUAGAACCUCCUGGGUGCCAGUUUGUGCCCAUUUCCCUUUGCCCUGUCCCUGGGCACCACUGACAAGAGCCCAGCCCCAGCCUCUUGCCUCCCCCCCAGCCUUUAGCUGUUGCUCAGCACUGAUCAGCUCCCCUCUGGGGCUCCAGACUCCACAGCCCCACAGCCUUUGCUCCUCACAGAGAUGCUCCAGGUGCCUCAGCAGCUUCCUUGCCCUCACAAGCAAGGGGAGGAGGUCUGGAGCAGAGCUGCCACUGCUGUUGCCAUCGCUCCCAGCCUGCUGCAGCAGCUCCUCCUGGGCAGCUGUCCCCAAGCAGCUCCCUUGCUGGGUUUUCCAAGUAGCUGAUGGAAAUACUGGGAAUGUUUGUGGCUCUCCAGCAUCCUUCUCAUGCCCGUGGCUUCUCCCAUGGAGUAGCUUUCAAGGACGAGGAGCUUUGACAAAAGGAAAUUGGUGCUUUGUCUUCCCAGCUCUUUGCCCUGAAUCUCUGAGCUUCUGAGCAGCUCCUCCAAGCUCCACCAGCUCUUGCUCCUGAGUCCCUGAGCUUCUGAGCAGCUCCUCCAAGCUCCACCAGCUCUUGCUCCUGAGUCCCUGAGCUUCUGAGCAGCUCCUCCAAGCUCCAUCAGCUCUUUGUCCUGAAUCUCUGAGCUUCUGAGCAGCUCCUCCAAGCUCCAUCAGCUCUUUGCCCUGAAUCUCUGAGCUUCUGAGCAGCUCCUCCAAGCUCCAUCAGCUCUUUGUCCUGAAUCUCUGAGCUUCUGAGCAGCUCCUCCAAGCUCCAUCAGCUCUUUGCCCUGAAUCUCUGAGCUUCUGAGCAGCUCCUCCAAGCUCCAUCAGCUCUUUGUCCUGAAUCUCUGAGCUUCUGAGCAGCUCCUCCAAGCUCCAUCAGCUCUUUGCCCUGAAUCUCUGAGCUUCUGAGCAGCUCCUCCAAGCUCCACCAGCUCUUGCUCCUGAGUCCCUGAGCUUCUGAGCAGCUCCUCCAAGCUCCACCAGCUCAUACUUCUGAAUCCUUGAGCUUCUGAACAGCUCUUCCAAGCUCCACCAGCUCUUGCUCCUGAAAUCCCUCAUGUUUAAAGUGGUACAGCUCUGCCUGUCCCACACUGCUGUCAUAGAACCAUAGAAUGGUUUGAGUUGGAAAGGACCUCCAAAGCUCAUCCAGGCCAAGCCCUUUGCAGUCAGCAGGGACAUCCUCCACUAGAUCAGGUUGCUCAGAGCCUUUUCAAGCCUGAUCUUGAAUAUCUCCAGGGAUGAGACCUCAACCACCUCCCUGAGCAUGCCUCUGUAGAUUCAGUCAUGCCAGGAGCAGGUUUGGAUGUCCUCUCACAAUGAUACCUGGGCAGAAGCAUUUUGACCUCCCUACUUUCUGCUUCCUUCAUUGCCUUUGCUCCUUCUCAGCACCAGCCUUGUCCUGCAGCAGGAAGACUAAAUCCAAGUGACCAGGCUGCACCUACUGUGAAUGUUCUCUGGUGGGCUUCAUUCCAGAAUGCCAACGACCUGUGGCACAGGUGGUCUGACCAACAGAAGGUGUGAGUCCAAACAAGAAAGUAUUUUAAAGGUUUAUUCCAAGAAGAGCAAUGAUUUUUAUAUAUAUAUGUAUAUAUGGAGAGAGAGAGAGAAAAAAGGGUUGUGGGGUUGUUUGAUUGGUUUUUUUUUUUCCCUUCUUUCCUGGAUUAAAUGGAAAGGAACAAAAAGAAAAGAAUAAAAAGAUUGCAUCCA